AUGGUGUGUGAGGUGAAUAAGAUGCAAGACUUUGACCAUCCUCACGUCAUGUCCCUGAUAGGGGUGUGUGUCGAUGCUGGCCCCGGCAUUGCUAUAGUGAUGCCAUAUAUGGCCAACGGGAGCCUCAUUGGAUAUCUCAAGAGAGAGAGGAGCAGCCUUGAGUUGGACGAUGACUGUGAGAUUGAUCAGAUUCUAGAAGUGAGGAAACUGCUACUAAAGAUGUGCCAUCAGAUAGCACUGGGAAUGGCCUACUUGGCCGAGCAGAAUUUUGUCCAUCGCGACCUUGCAGCAAGAAACUGUAUGCUGGACUCGGGAGGGAGUAUCAGGGUGGGGGACUUUGGUCUGGCUGAGGACGUCUAUGCUAGUGGCUACUUCAGACAGAACGACCGAGCCAAUGUGAAGCUUCCCUACAAAUGGAUGGCCUUGGAGAGUCUCAACGAUGCCAUCUUCACAGAGAAAACUGAUGUGUGGUCGUAUGGUGUGACUGUGUGGGAGAUCUUCAGUGGAGGAGAGACCCCUUACCCUGCGGUGGACCCACACUCCCUCAUCCAGCUGCUGGGAGAAGGGCGGAGACUAGAGAGACCUCUCACUGCAGCCUGUGCCACCGAGAUGUGA